AUGCCGAAUCCCAUCCGUGAAGACAUCACUACUCGGGAUGAUACAUCCUUUCCCUACAUCUUUGAACAGAAUGUCACCAUCGCUCUGAAAGACAAGUCCGGACUCGUCCGAUGCAAUGUCUACCGGCCCAAGGAGCUGGAACAGGCCCCUGUUCUCGUCACCUACGGUCCCUAUGGCAAAGACAUUCCGUACUCGGAUUUUCACCCAAAGUCUUUCAGCGAAGUCAACUCGGAGCAUCACUCCGAGCAUUCGGCCUGGGAAACGCCUGAUCCUGGGUUCUGGACCAAACAUGGAUAUGCCAUUGUUCGGGCGGACGAGAGAGGGACAGGCCAAUCUCGCGGAAAGCUGGACACCAUGUCCCGUGAAACAAGCGAGGCUUUCUUUGAUGUGGUCGAAUGGGCAGCCGAGCAGCCAUGGUCCACCGGCAAGGUAGGAUUGCUGGGGAUCAGUUACUAUGCUGGCAGUCAGUGGAGGGUCAGUGCACGGCAGCCUAAGGGACUGUCGUGUAUCAUCCCGUGGGAGGGCAUGUCCGACUACUACCGCGAUCGGUGCCGACACGGUGGCAUCCUGUCAAACGCUUUCAUCAAGUUCUGGUGGGACCGCCAAGUGGUCUCGAAUCAGUACGGGUUGCCCGGUCGCGCCGCACGCAACUGGGGUCCUGAUACUAUUGAAGGUGAUCUUUCCGAGGACGAGUUGGCGGCCAAUCGUCAGGACCAGACGGUCGAUAACGUGAACAACCGGUUUCGGGAUGAUGAGUACUACGCUAGCAAGGAGUACACCAUGUCCGACAUUCAGGUGCCUCUUCUUUCCGUGGCUAAUUGGGGUGGCAUUCUGCUGCAUCUCCGCGGAAACGUGGAAGGCUGGACUCAGGCGGGCAGCGAACUGAAGUACUUGCGCUUCAUCACCGGUCGCCAUGACCUGCCUUUCUACUACAAGGAGGAGGUUGAAAUCCAGCGCAGCUUCCUGGAUGCCUUCCUCAAGGGCGAAGAUCGCGCAGGAUGGUCAACCGGCACAGCCCCGAAGGUUGACCUGGUGCUCCGUAAGGGAGACGUCGGAUUCAACAACGCCGAAGCAGAGAAAGGGUUCCCUCGCCGUACAGAAAACGAAUGGCCCAUCGCUCGCACCCAGUACACGAAGUAUUAUCUGACCUCAAAAGAAACGCUAGUUACUACUGCACCGCAGGAGCGCCCGGUCAAGAUCACUUACCGCGCCCUGGGCAAUAUGCAAAAUCCCCAGCUGGUGCAAUUCACGACUGCGCCGUUUGAGCAGGAGACCGAGAUCACAGGGCACAUUGUCGCGCAUCUCAACGUGUCGAUGAGCCCGGAGCCGGGCGCUCCCACUCCCAAAGACAUCGACCUGUUCCUCACGCUGCGGUAUAUCUCGCCGGAAGGCAAGGAGGUGUUCUACACCGGCACAGCUGGGGAUCCGGUGCCUCUCUGCAAGGGCUGGCAGCGCGUCAGUUUGCGCAAGACGAACCCGGAGCACCCUCGUCACCGGGCCUGGCUUCCCUAUCGUACUUAUUACUCGACGGACGUGCAGCCGGUUAUUCCUGGCGAGGUGUACCCGGUUGAUGUGGAGGUGUGGCCGACAAACGUGGUAGUCGAGAAGGGCGGCAAGAUCAUCCUGGAGGUGUCAUCGGGCGACACACAAGGAUGCGGAGUCUUCCAGCACAAUUCGCCCGUGGACCGAUCCCCGGAGCGAUUCCAGGGUCUCAACCAUAUCAACUUUGGCCACGGCGACAACUAUGUCACGCUACCAAUCAUUCCUUCGAGGGGAUGGCUAGAGGAACUCCGCAUGAGCAGGUAG